AUGGUGGCAGGGCUGCUGGGCGGCGGCGGCGGGGCCCGCGGGGGGACCGUGCCGGGCGCCUGGCUGUGCCUGAUGGCGCUGCUGCAGCUGCUGGGCUCGGCGCCGCGGGGCUCCGGGCUGGCGCACGGCCGCCGCCUCAUCUGCUGGCAGGCGCUGCUGCAGUGCCAGGGGGAGCCGGAGUGCAGCUACGCCUACAACCAGUACGCCGAGGCGUGCGCGCCGGUGUUGGCGCAGCGCAGCGGGGGCGACGCGCCGGGGGCCGCCGCCGCCGCCGCCGCCGCCGCCGGCUUCCCGGCCUCGGCCGCGUCCUUCUCGUCGCGCUGGCGCUGCCCGAGCCACUGCAUCUCGGCCCUUAUUCAGCUCAACCACACGCGCCGCGGGCCCGCCUUGGAGGACUGUGACUGCGCGCAAGACGAGAACUGCAAGUCCACCAAGCGCGCCAUUGAGCCGUGCCUGCCCCGGACGAGCGGCGGCGGCGCGGGCGGCCCGGGCGCGGGCGGGGUUAUGGGCUGCACCGAGGCCCGGCGGCGCUGCGACCGCGACAGCCGCUGCAACCUGGCGCUCAGCCGCUACCUGACCUACUGCGGGAAGCUCUUCAACGGGCUUCGCUGCACCGACGAGUGCCGCACGGUCAUCGAGGACAUGCUGGCCGUGCCCAAGGCGGCGCUGCUCAACGACUGUGUGUGCGACGGCCUGGAGCGGCCCAUCUGCGAGUCGGUCAAAGAGAACAUGGCCCGCCUGUGCUUCGGCGCCGAGCUGGGCAACGGCCCGGGCAGCAGCGGCUCGGACGGGGGCCUGGACGACUACUACGACGAGGAGUACGACGAUGAGCAGCGCGCCGGGGGCGCGGGCGGCGAGCAGCCGCUGGACGACGACGACGGCGUCCCGCACCCUCCGCGCCCGGGCGGCGGCGCUGCUGCGGCGGGCGGCCGCGGGGACCUGCCCUAUGGGUCCGGGCGCAGGAGCAGCAGCAGCGGCUGCCGCUCGGCGACCCGAGGCGCCUGGACCCCGCUCGCCUCCAUUUUGCUGCUGCUGCUGCUACCGCUGCUCUUUUAACACUCGCGGCCCCCCGCCGUCGGCCACGGGAGGGUCGGCGCCGGGGCACCUGUGGCUCGGGAACAGAGGGGUGGUCGGGGGUAUUUUCCAAAACGUUUUCUAGGUGGUUUCUGCCUAGCCGGUCUCCCCGCCUUGACUCUUGGCACGACCUUCGCCUCCUCUCCCGAGCAGGACUUUUUGGACAUCCUCCCCUGCCCCCAUUCCGGGUUCCAGACACUCCCCGCAGAAACCAGCCUAACUCCGGACCCCCGACAUGAAACGGGCCUGGGAGGACGGAACCGUAGUCCUGGACUCCGAAGAGAGGAUGCUGACCAGUGGGGUCUUAAGAGUUUCAAGGGACUGGGUUCGGAACAGGGGUUUUGAAGGAGGAUUUAUAUUUGCAGAGGGGCUGUUUAUUAGCGUUUCUCCUGCGAGGGGGGGAGAAGUGCCGGUAAUCGACUUUUAUUGUGGCCAGUGAAGACAUUGCAAUCGUAACCAAUUCAUUCGUUUAGUCUUGGUAUCCGUGCCCAGAAU